GCAGAAGAGCUGGAAGCUCACUUUCAUGGCUGUGGUUCAGUCAACCGUGUUACUAUACUCUGUGACAAAUUCAGUGGCCAUCCCAAAGGGUUUGCGUAUAUAGAGUUCUCAGACAAAGAGUCAGUGAGGACUUCCCUGGCCUUAGAUGAGUCCCUGUUUAGAGGAAGACAGAUCAAGGUGAUUCCCAAACGAACCAACAGACCAGGCAUCAGCACAACAGACCGGGGUUUCCCGCGUGCCCGAUACCGUGCCCGGACUACCAAUUAC